AUGCUUUACGGUUUUGUCAACGAACAGAUUGCUAAACUGACUUUUUCCCCACGAUCGUUCUCACCGGGCUCAUGCACUGCUUACCCUCUCCGGAUGACCCCUUAUCCGGACCAAACAUCUCAGGCCGACUUGGGAGCCACCAACCGCCCCCUGGCGGACAGGAUGAACCACAUCCUCAGUACCAUGCUCUACGCUCGUGAGGUCCUCCACUCACUGCGUUUGGUCGACCAUUUUCUGAACCAACUUGUCAACGUAAGUCCUUAUGCGCCCAAAGCAUCAUAG